AUGCGUUUCACCGCCAUCGUAACAGCUCUUGUUGUGAUCGCAGCCGGCGCCGUCGCCGCCCCGGCGGAGCCCAUUGCCGGAAAAGAGAACGCCAUCUCGCAGCGCGAUUGCAAGAACUCGGACAACUAUCAGACGUGCAUCGAGACGGGCUGCCCGAUAGGCGCGCCGGUCCAGGCGUGCAUGCUGUGGGGGGCGAACUGCUACAUCAUCCACUGCACUUAA